AUGUCCCACGGUCAGUGUGCCCACGCAGACCACAAGGUCAUAGCUUCUAUCUGGUUUCUGGAUCCUCUCAUUGAGAUUUGCCUCCUCCAAUUCUCGGUCCAAACCGUCAAGGACGAAUUGGCCGGCCAGGACGGACUGGGCCAAACAGGUGCCGACGAGACCGGUGCCGCAACCGGCGUCAAGAACUCUCAAUUGGGUAUCACGAGCAUCCCCUGCAAUGUUCUUGUUGAUCGCCUCCACGGCGCGUCGGGGAGAGGCGUAGCCAAGCCCGUUGUUGUCGCUCUCAUAGGCGUCGGCCCAUUCGUCAUAGAACUGCUGAGCCUGCGCAUCUCCGCCGAGGGCGUAUGCGCGUUGUAG